AUGAUGUGGGAGGACAGUUUGUUUGGUGGGGCGUAUGGAAGAUCGUCGGCGUUUGAACGCGUGAAGUACGGCACGAUCAACGUCAUCAACGAUCCCGCAGGAGUGCGGGCGUGCGCCCAGUACGGGAGGAGUUACCUGCUGCUGAGAAGAUGCAGGCUGCGGACGACCUUCUCCGCCCAGGACUCGGCGGGCCUUGAGACCGAAGACCUCGCCACCGACCACUAUGCCCACGUCCUCCUGAGAUUUGGGGACGGCGCGCUACGCGACGUGCUGCACGUGGCCACCCAGCGCGUGCUCGCGGUGCCUUCCGGCGUGCUCGACACCUACCGGGAGGCGCAGGUCCACGGGGAGGUCGCGCUGGCCGAGCACGUCGAGGUCGUCGUGGCCGAUCCCGCCCUCCGGCUGGUCGACAGGGACCGCCUUGCGGCGGAGCAGUUGGCGAGGCAUUGCAGCUCGCAGGUGGUCUGGAUCGAGGGCGACAGUCUGCCGCCGACGCCGCGCGCGGCCGAGAGCGCUGGGCAACCCCUCGCGCCCGCCGCCGCCGCCCCUGGCCCCGCGCCCUCCGGGGCGGCGCCGACGUCGGCCGACGCGCCCGCGGCGGCGCUUGUGGGCGCAGGGGCCUUGGGUGCCGAGAGCGGGGACGAAGGCCAGGCCCCGUCGGAGCUCCUCGCCCUCGUCCUCGGCGCGGCGGGGCCGUCGGCGGAGGCCAACGGCACGUACGUGCUGCGGCCGUCCGCCGCGGACUGCGAGCGUUGCUUCGCAAAGGUCGGCGCCGCGCCCGUUUGCCUCCUCCUCGAGACGUCGGAGGGCUUCGAGCGCUGGCGCAUCGGCGUCUCCGACGGCGCAGGCUGCCUCCUGCGCAGCGCGCCGCUGCCGCAGGGCCACGGCGGCGACCCCUCGGAGGUGGCCGUGUGGUUCUCCGAGGUUCCGAGCGGCGGCUGGGAACGCCAGGAGAGCGCGCGGGUAGUGCUGAGGAGAGUACCGUGCGGCACCGCCGAGCGCAUGUGGGCCAGCGGCUUGCCUGCGGGCUGGGACCUGACACAGGACCCCGGCUCGGGCCGGACGUAUUACUUCGAUUGGGAAACGCGCCGGACCUCCUGGCAGCGGCCGGGCGAGCAGUAG